AUGGGGAUUAUUGACAACGAGUGCAGAGCCUCGGGCGGCCAAGCCUCAAGGUCCCAGAAUAGGGAUGAGGCUCUGAACAAGGAGACCAGGCAACUCGUGAAGCGGUUUUUAGGAGAGUCUACAGGACUUUUGGAAAGUAGCUCGGAAGAAAACGAAGCUCUGUCGACGAUGAAAAGAACCGUGCGCCGUGUAUUGCAAAAAUAUAGAAAUGUGUACGACGGUAUGAUCGAGAAACUUCCAGUAGACGGCCGAGGAGACAAGGUGACGUCCGUGAGUGCAGUAGCUUGCGCCGUCUUCGCAGACGGAGCCGCUAACUGGGGCCGUAUUGUCAGCCUCGUGGCCUUCGGGGUUGUGCUGUGUCAAAACGUGAACAAGAACGAGCGGGGGAGAUUGACUUUGGUGGAGUCUGUGGGAGAGGAGAUCUCCACGUACCUGCUGACAGACCAGAAAGACUGGCUGCUUAAGAACAACUCCUGGGUCGGCUUCGUGGAGUUCUUUGCGGAGCCGCGGCACGAGUUGAGGGACGCUUUCGUUUUCAUCGCUGGAUUCGCUGGCAUCAUUUGGGCGCUGAUCUACUUUGUGUGA